AUGGAUAUCUGCAAUUCCGAGAAAAGAUUGGAAACCUACUUUGCAUUCACGAGUAAGCAUGAUCUAUUGAAUAAAGUAUGUGAAAAGCACUUUCCAGCUGAGGCCAUCAUUACUAAAAAAUCUUCAUUUGAUGCUAAAUCUGGAAAGAUGAUUUUGACUUCUCUCGAGAGGCCAAGAUUAAAAAAAGAUUCAGUUCCUUCAAUAUUUCCUGGAUGCCCAGACUACUACAGCACAUCAGUAACUCUCAGGGUAUCGCCGGAUAAAAAGAGGCAGCGAAUGGAAAGUUUGAAUAUUGACAAUACUAUUAAAGAUGAAUCCAGUGAAGAUGUCAAUGAUAAUUUCCUGGAUCCAUCAAAAUAUGAAAAUUUACAGCUUGAUGAAAAUGAUUUUGACUUGGAAGAUGAAAAACCAAUUAUUGUAUACGUUGCUGGAUAUUGUCUACAUAUAGUUCUGAAAAAGCUUAAUUGGUGUCCAUUAUGUAAAGACUUGAUGUCAUUGGAUAGAUCAAUGGAAGAUGUGGACCCUUCAUUUUCUGUCAUUGCUAAUGUGGACAGGGGUGGGAAUUAUACAAUUGAACAAAAAGUACAUUCCUUUCGUUUUCCUAAAGAUGAACACAUGUUUCAAAAAUGGAUAUCUGCAAUUCCGAGAAAAGAUUGGAAACCUACUUUGCAUUCACGAGUAUGUGAAAAGCACUUUCCAGCUGAGGCCAUCAUUACUAAAAAAUCUUCAUUUGAUGCUAAAUCUGGAAAGAUGAUUUUGACUUCUCUCGAGAGGCCAAGAUUAAAAAAAGAUUCAGUUCCUUCAAUAUUUCCUGGAUGCCCAGACUACUACAGCACAUCAGUAACUCUCAGGGUAUCGCCGGAUAAAAAGAGGCAGCGAAUGGAAAGUUUGAAUAUUGACAAUACUAUUAAAGAUGAAUUCAGUGAAGAUGUCAAUGAUAAUUUCCUGGAUCCAUCAAAAUAUGAAAAUUUACAGCUUGAUGAAAAUGAUUUUGACUUGGAAGAUGAAAAACCAAUUAUUGUAUACGUUGCUGGAUAUUGUCUACAUAUAGUUCUGAAAAAGCUUAAUUGGUGUCCAUUAUGUAAAGACUUGAUGUCAUUGGAUAGAUCAAUGGAAGAUGUGGACCCUUCAUUUUCUGUCAUUGCUAAUGUGGACAGGGGUGGUUUGAAAUAUCCAUCUAAAGCUAUUAUUGAUUUAGUAACCUAUAAUUAUUGUGUAGUAAAGAAAUUAACAAGUGGAUACUUUUGGAAUAUAUUUAAAGAGGAACAAAGACAGAGAAUGAUGGCUAUCAAAAUAACAAAUUCAAUUUUAGAUGAUCAUGAAUUUAGUUAUUGGCCAGACUGUGAUAAUGGUCAUGCUGCAAUUGAUAUAUGUAAUAGAAUUUUGUAUAGUGCUACUAAUUGUUUGUUAAAUAAUUUUUGUAAAAUAAAAAAUGAUACAAACACUAAACAUAAAAAUGUCAGAAAAAUGUUAACGUUUCAUGAUUAG